AUGGAGCUAAUUCCCACCUUGAGUUCUUUACUAUUCUAUCGGUUUGCUUUUUCUAUCAUCCUUCUUGUUGCUUAUGCCUUGUGCAUUGAUUCUUGCAGUACCUAUGCCAUGGCCAGAAAUGAGACCGACCAACUAGCCUUGCUUGAAUUCAAAGCCAAAAUAAGCCAUGAUCCUUUCAUGGUUUUCAGCUCAUGGAAUGAAACCACCCACUUUUGUCUAUGGUAUGGCGUUACAUGUGGUCAUCGGCACCAAAGAGUCAUUGAGUUACGCUUGGUAUCUUGGGGACUCACAGGUUCUAUAUCUCCUUUCAUUGGAAAUUUGAGUUUUCUAAGGAUUCUUUUUCUCCAAGACAAUAGAUUCAGUCAUGAAAUCCCACCACAAAUAGGUGGUUUGCAUCAACUGAAGAUAUUAUCUUUGUACAAUAACUCGAUGGUUGGCAAAAUCCCAUCCAAUUUAUCCAAUUGCUCUAACAUUGAAAGCAUCAAACUUUAUUCUAACCAACUUGUUGGAGCCAUUCCAACCGAGUUUAGCUUCUUGUCAAAGCUUCGAGGAUUUUAUGCAGAGAAUAACAGACUAACAGGAAGUAUUCCUUCAUCUCUUGGAAACUUAUCUUCACUUGAGGAACUUUAUAUAUCCUCAAAUAAUUUGGGUGGGAUUAUUCCAAAUACACUAGGCCAACUCAUAAAUCUUACAUCUAUUGUACUUUAUGAAAAUAAGCUUUCAGGUACCAUCCCUCCAUCAAUCUUCAAUCUCUCUUCUAUUAGAGUUUUUGAUGUAUUAACUAAUCAAUUACGAAGGAGUCUUCCUUGGGACUUGAGCAUAACUAAUCUUCCUAAUCUCCUAAGCUUCUCCAUUUCCUGUAACCAAUUUACUGGUUCCAUCGCUCCUUCAAUAUCCAAUGCCUCAAAUUUGGAAGUACUUCAAAUUGCAGAGAACAAAUUUACUGGAAAGGUGCCUUCUUUGGAAAAGCUGCAUAGGCUAAAUUUCUUUACUGCUUUUAGAAACAAUUUGGGGGGAAGUGGAGAGGUUGAUCAGGACUUGAGUUUUAUCUGCUCUUUGACCAAUGCAACCAAGUUAGACCUUUUGUCAUUGCACACCAACAAUUUUGGUGGCGUCUUUCCCGAAUGCAUCGGUAAUUUUUCAUUGACCCUAAGAAUAAUUCGAAUGGAUCAAAACAAAAUGGCUGGAAUGAUUCCGAGUGGGAUCUUGAAUCUUGUCAACUUAGAAGCACUCUCCUUGGAAGACAACCAAGUGUCAGGUAACAUUCCAGCUGCUAUCGGUAGGCUUCAUAGGUUAAAGACAAUGAGUCUAUCGGGAAACAAUCUCUCAGGCAGCAUCCCGCACUCUCUUGGAAAUUUAACUUUGUUACUUGAACUUGAUUUAGAUGGAAAUAACCUUGGCGGAAGCAUCCCCUCAAGUCUAGGCAAUUGCAAAUCUUUGAUCGCACUCGACAUUUCUCGUAACAGUUUCAAUGGUUCCAUACCCCCACAAAUCUUUGGUCUCACAUCUUUAUCAAUUUACCUAGCUUUGUCCCUAAAUCUUCUUACAGGUCCUCUUCCCAUGGAAGUUGGAAAUCUUAAAUCUAGAAACUUCUUCCAAGGAACUGUUCCGCCAAGUUUUGUCUCUCUGACAGGACUUCAACACUUAAAUCUUUCUAGGAACAAUUUAUGGGGAAAAAUCACUGACGUUCUUGUGGAUAUGAAGUCUUUGCAGAAAUUAGAUAUAUCAUACAAAAAUUUUGAGGUGCCGAUGCCAACAGAUGGCAUUUUCAAGAAUUUGAGUUCAGCUUUAGUUGCAGGGAACAGUCAACUAUGUGGGGGAAUUCCUGAGAUGCACUUGUCUAAAUGCAAUUUCAAAAAGCUUGGGAAUACAAAAUUGACUUCAACCUUGAAGUUAAUAAUAUCUACAGUUCUGGGGCUACUAGGAGUAACUUUGGUGCAGUACUUUUUGUAUGUUUCUUGUUUGAAAAGGAAACGAAAAGUGUCCAUAUUAAGUUCUUCAAGAUAUUUUCUUUCGAAUAUAUCUUACCAAAGUCUCCUAAAAGCCACUAAUGGGUUCUCUUCAGCAAAAUUGGUUGGUGUGGGUGGUUUUGGAUCUGUUUAUAAAGGAAUUCUUGAUGAGAGUGGAACUAUAAUUGCUGUCAAGGUCUUCAUGAACCUUCUGCGCUCUGGAGCCUUCAAAAGCUUUCUUGCUGAGUGUGAAGCCUUGAGAAACAUCAGACAUCGAAAUCUUGUAAAGGUUCUUACAGUUUGUUCAAGUAUUGAUUACAAUGGAAAUGAUUUCAAGGCUCUAGUUUAUGAGUUCAUGGUCAACGAAAGCCUUGAAGAAUGGUUGCAUCCAACUGCUAUAGAAGAUGAAGUGCAUCAGAACCAAAGAAAUCUAGAUCUGUUUCAAAGGUUGGAUAUCAUCAUUGAUGUUGCGAGUGCAUUGGAAUAUCUACAUUAUCAUUGCCAAAAACGAAUCAUUCAUUGUGACCUAAAGCCGAGCAAUGUUCUUCUCGAUAGUGAAAUGAUUGGGCACUUGGGUGAUUUUGGCAUGGCAAUAUUCUCUCCUGAAAGAAAUCAUAACUCUUCUACCACUUACUCCAGCACUAUUGGAUUAAGGGGAACUAUUGGUUAUGCAGCUCCUGAGUAUGGUAUGGGAAAUGAAGUGUCAACCCAUGGAGAUAUAUAUAGUUAUGGGAUCCUUCUAUUAGAAUUGUUCACAGGAAAGAGACCCACUGAUGAAAUUUUUCAGGGCACCCUAAACCUACAUUCCUUUGUCAAGACAGCCUUGCCUCAAGGAGUAGUAGAGAUUUCGGAUCCAAGUCUUUUUCAUGAAAGGGAAGAGGAGACAACUAGAAACAAUGGCCUAAAUAACAGCAAUAUUACAAGAAGAAACAAAACUCAAGAGUGCUUGGUUUUGAUUUUCCAGAUUGGAGUUGCAUGUUCUCUUGAACAGCCAGAAAAACGGAUGAAUGUGAGAGAUAUUGUAGCUAAGCUUGAUUUAAUCAGAAAAAAGCUUACUCAGUGA